UAGCCUGUGCGAGGUGUAGUUGCAUGAGUGACGAGACACCACUAUUUCGUUGCGAACUAUGUCGAUACAUUUUUUUUCUUUAUAAGUGAAUUUCGAUGCAAUCUUUGGACUAUGUGAAAUAUAACUAUCUGGCUUCGAGGAGAAACCCGUUGGUUUCGGAUGACGACACUGACAACCAUUUAAAGAUCCUUUCAUGGACUAUUUGUGAAGGACAGUGUGUGAUAUUUCAUCAUUUUAAAACUGGUAACUGUAAGCAAUUUGCCAACUGAGUCACCCUGGAGAACAUUCAGAAGUUGCGUAAACAAGACUGUUGAUGGAAUUUCGUGAUUCAGUAGGUCGGUGUUUUGAAGGUACGCAGCUGUUUGGCUGGCUUUCAUGAAAACAACUGAUCAGCGUUAACUAUCGAUACUGAGUUAGCUAGGUAGGUAACGGACUAGCUCCUGCAACGACAAGUUUAACUACAUAGCUACAAAUCUACCUUUCAUUCGUGCUCGUCACAGCUUCAUGGUUUUGCAAACAAGAUAUAUUUAAAUGACCUGCCCAUUAAAAGGGUUUUCCAAGGUGGCAAGUCUAGCAGACAUGUAGUUUGUUAGCUUCGGAGAAGUCAUAGUGAACUUGACGUGAAACGCUAACUGGUUUGCCAGCUACAUAAACUUGCCUAGAGAUAGCUGCCUGAAGUUAAUCAAACAAGGGCAAAACAGAAAUCUUAUCUGUGUCCCCAACGCUCAGAACAACGUCCUUGGAGUCAUCUAGUCAUUUAUUACCUAAGAAGCAGAAAUGCUAUAGAACGGAAAGUAAGAAGGGACCAUUUCCCAUUGAAUAAGUGGCUGUAAGUUGCCCCGGACACUAGGCGUAGGGCCUGCUGGUCAGGCUUCCGCCGGGUUUGAUUACGAAGUCAAGCCGUGUAGGGGACGUCGUGUCCAGGAAGCACUACAGCCUGCCCUAGGGCCUGAAGAUCUGAAAUGGAGAGAAUGGAAGUUGACCAGUGCGCAGGCGCAACUUGUGGAAGCGGAGGAGGGGCUCUUCGGAGGUCGAAUAGCGCUCCUAUGAUCACCAGUGUCAGUGAUGGUAUGACCGUGUUCAGCCCUACGUCUUCUGCCCGGUAUCGAAGGAGUAGUGUGUCAGUCAAUCCAAGUUGCCCUCCUCGUGUGCUCUCUCUGUCGAAUCCCUUUUCAUCCGUAAAUGACAGAUCAGAACAAAAGCGACAGGCCGAGCACAUGGAGCUCACUCUCAGAGGCAGUCUGCAGAGACUAAGUGCCUCCCAACUGGUUCCUGUUCCAACAGCGAGUCACUGGCAUGACCAUAUAUCAGUGGGCUUCCACCACCAGGACAGUGGGGUGACACCCAACUCUUCCCCCAGUCCAACCAGACGGUUCAGAGGGGGCUCUGUGAGCUCUGCAGUGAGGUGGCCUACGUUGGCUCCACUGAAAAGGAAAGGAGGCGUGGAAUCUGAUGGCCCUCCCAAAAAGCUCUUUGUUGCGGGGGUGACAGAACCUGCUCAUGUAACGAGUUAUACAGUCAGCGUUUCCCAGCCUGACAACUCUUCAGCUGGAGGCCUGGCAGUUUGUGCAAGCCCUCAGAACAGCCCCAUUUCUCUGUCCCCUCCACCCCCGUUCUCUCCCCACCACCCGAGCAUCUAGGAGCUCCAGAACGAGUAUUCAGCCUACCGGCCCAGGACGCCGUGCGGACUCGCAGCCGGGUAUUUUGGGGUUACCUAAACAAUGUGCUGUAAUCAGAGCUGUAGUCUCAAAUCAGGCCGCAUGUUGAUAGGCAGACUGCCCCAGUUCUGGCAAUCAAUUUAGUAUACCAUCACACAGCAAGAUGGUGUUUGUGUUGGGCACAAUGUUUUUUUAAAAAGUGAAAAGAAAACAAUAUGUAAUGGACAUUUCCUGUCUCUUACACACCUAGUUACUGAAUCAAUGAGGUAUCUAUGAGUAAAUGAGAUGGUAUUUUAAAGACAUAAGUAUGUAAAGAUAUCAGGAACUAGCCCAAAGGUUUCACCAAUGGCAUCUGAUGGGUGCAGUACUUUGGUGAAAUGCCAGGUGUGUAUCAAGAGUGUGAUGGCACUUAAAUAUUGUUAAUUUUGUUUGUCUCUGAAUCCAACAGUUGGCGAUAAGAUAAACAAUGUCUAAUUAUAUUACAAAUUAGACAUUAGUACUCUUAUGGGAUUCAUACCUGACUUGUUUGACCUGGGACAGAGUUUUUUGGCUUAUUCUCAGAGUGUUAGAAUGUUGAGCCAACUCAUCAGUGUAAUUUGUUUUCUAAUCCUUACAGUCAAGAGUCAAGAGAAUGUUCUCUGUUGUUCUGUCAACACCUGUAUAUCUAGUUUGGUCCAAAGAGGUCUUCCAAAAUGAAGUCCAGAUAUUUUUUUAAGUCCUUCCAAAAUCAGAUAGGGAGGAAAUAAUCAAGAUGUAAAGGCCGUUAUACCUGUGUGUUUGUUUUGUACAUGUACAGUAUGUGAAUAUAUAAAAACUAAAAAAAAUAUACAAAUCCCUUCUCAAUGCCAAGCUCUUGGCUCAAUGAGUUAGCUAUGAUAGGCAAUCUUUCAUCGUUGGGAAUGUACCAAUCAUUGAGCAUACAGUUUUAGACAUAAACCUGUCCUGGUAUGUGUCAGCCCUAAGUUUUGGCAUUUGUUUUCACACCUGGGGGAUGGAGGCCUGGAUCCAUUGGAGAGUUGUAUGCUAGCUCUUCUAGGGGGGUACCCAAGGACUAGGUUUAGGAAAUAUUGCCUCACAGUCAGGCAAUCAUGGGUACUUUAGAAUAGGGAACCAAGGAUUAGAAAAGCGUAAACUUUCAAUUUACCCAAGUCUUGGUGUUGUAUAUGGUCUUGAGGAUCAUAUAAGUGGGAAAUCACAGUUGUAAGUUGUUUUUCUUUUCCCUGUAUUGACUGUGAUGUACAGUUGUAUUUAUAAUCCUUUGAUCUGCGCAUGACUCUUAUGUAAAAAUUUGUAUCAUGCUGCUUCAGAGAAGAAUCUUUUCACAUUCAGGAAUAACUGAGAUGGUGACGGUUUGGUGUUCCUCUCUUAUAAAUUUCACAUUGAAGGAAAGAUGUGAUUCUAUUUGCAGAUACCUUGUUUUGCUUCCAACUUUGACUAUUUGCACAGUAUUUGAUGUAUGGUCAAUAUUGCUGUUACAUGAGUGGGAUCACAUUUACAAUUAUAUCCUUUCAUUUG